AUGGAUGAUAAAAGUGGCAGGUUAAGAAAGAAACGGGGAGUUUUGAGAACAUCUGUUACCAAAAUUUGUAAAACUAUUGAAACAGAACUAACGAAAACAGAUGUAAAUGUCGAUAUGUUAGAAGAAAUGUUAGAGCAGCUUGCGGUUGAGUCAAGUGAAUUAAAGAAUCUAGAUUCACAAAUUGAAGAAUUCGUUUCCGAGGACAAAUUAGAAAGAGAAGUUUAUCUGCAGACUUUAAUUGUUAGCGUCGAAAAUAAUGAUUUAAAACACUAUGUUAGAUCGAUCAUUGACCUCGGGAGCCAGAGGUCGUAUGUCAGCAAAUACGUAGCGGAUGUAAUGAAAUUGAAGUGUUUUGGGGAACAAACGGUGACUCAUGGACUUUUCGGAGGACUGAAAAGGCGGGAAAACCACAAGAUAUAUUCCAUUAAAUUGCGUAAUACAGAAAAUAAUUUCUGUUGUAAUGUAGAAGUAAUGGAUCAGAAUAAAAUUUGCACUUCUCUUCCCAAAUUAGAUUCUAAAAACAUCGAAGAAGUAAAACAAUUGGGUAUAUUUGUUAGUGAUAUUUGCUUAGAUGAAAAUCUUUGUUUGUAUGAAAACGAUCCCAAGGAGAUUCACAUAUUAUUAGGGGCAGAUACGGCAGCCAGAUUAUUUACAGGAGAAAUUAAAAAACUUUCGCCUGAUCUAAUUGCGAUGAACACCAAGUUAGGGUGGACAGUUAUUGGAAGAUCAGGAAUUAAUAAAAAUGAUAGUUCCAGCACGCUAAUGUCGCUACUUGUCAACGACGUAAAUAUAUCCGAUCUUUGGAGGCUUGAUACAUUGAAUAUCAAUGACCCUGCGGAAACUCAAAGUAGAAAAGAACUAGAAGAAGCGGCUAAGGAACAUUUUGAACGCAGUGUAACACGAGAUAACGAGGGGCGCUACAUUGUCAGUCUACCGUGGAUACAUGAUCAUCCACCUCUUCCUGAUGGCAGAAAGUUAGCUGAACGAAGACUUAACAGUUGUAUUAAAGCCUUAGAACGUGUCGAGAAGCUGGCCGAUUAUGAUGAUGUUUUUCAGGAUUGGCAGAAUGAGGGUAUCAUUGAAGAAGUUGAUCCUAUGCAAGAAAUCAAAGAAGGACAGCAUUUCUUACUUCACCAUCCUGUCUUCAAGGAGAAUUCGACGACCAAAGUUCGACCCGUUUUUGAUGGUUCAGCUAAAGAAAAGAAUACACCUUCUAUUAAUGACUGCCUCGAAAAGGGACCAAAUCUUGUAGAACUCAUUCCAUCUCUCAUAAAUCGCUUUCGUGUUGAAAAAUAUGGAGUGAUAUCUGACAUUAAGAAGGCCUUUCUGCAAAUUGGAUUACAAGAACGAGAUAGACCAUAUCUCAGAUUUUUAUGGAAGGAUAGAAGAAAAGACGGAAAUAUCAAGAUCCUGCAGCACAAAAGAGUUGUGUUCGGAAUCUCCUCCAGUCCUUUCCUUCUAGGAGCUACAUUAGAACUUCAUUUAAAAAACGCCCCAGAUCAUCUCAAGGAAACAGCCCAGCAACUUAUGAGGUCCUUCUACGUUGAUAAUUGUGUUUUCAGCGUCAACAGAAGAGAAGAACUCGCUAGAUUUAUUUCGGAAUCACAAGCACUAUUAUCUACUGCCAAGUUUGAACUUCGAGGGUGGGAGCAUUCUCCUACUGAAGACAAAACUGAAGAAAGGCAAGAAGACCGAAAGGUUCCAGUUCUUGGGCUUCUGUGCAAUUUACCAAAGGACACUAUAUCUCUAGAUUUGAAAAGUUUGAUGAAAGAAGAUAAAGGACCUAUUACAAAAAGAAAAAUCCUGUCAACCGUUCAUCGAAUCUUUGAUCCGAUAGGAUUUUCUUGUCCAGUGACUCUAGAGCCCAAAUCUUUGUUGCAGGAAUGCUGGAAAUUGGGUCUGUCCUGGGAUGCUGAACUCCCUCUGCUGAUAACUGAAAGAUUCGAACGCUGGAAGAUGAAGUUACCGAAAUUGAAUGAUCUUGAAAUACCAAGAUGUGUACGUGAGGACUUUGCAGAAGAUUCCAAAUUUUCCAUCCAUGUUUUUUGUGACGCAAGUCAGAGUGCCUACGCUACAUGUAUCUUCUUGAGAGCUGAAUCUGCUGAUAGCACGUCGUGCCAGUUAAUACAAGCUAGAAAUAGAGUUGCUCCUUUGAAAAAGAUCUCUAUUCCACGCCUAGAACUUUUGUCCUGUACUAUUGGUGCUAGAUUGGCAAAAGCAACCAUAUCCGAACUUGGACUUGAGAACAUACCAAUCUUCUACUGGUCUGACUCUAUGAAUGCUUUGUAUUGGAUCAAAAGAAAUGAGAAUUGGGCCACGUUUGUUUACAACAGGGUACUGGAAAUCCGUAAACUCACCAAUCCUGAAGACUGGAGGCACAUAAGUGGAACAUUAAACCCAGCUGACCUUCCAUCACGAGGUUCCAAUGCAGAGGAACUUGUGAAAUCUCUUUGGUGGAAGGGUCCAAAUUGGCUGAGAAUGCCUAUAGAAGAUUGGCCUGUUUCGGAAACUAUGCCAGAUUUCGACGUUGUAAACUCCGAAAAAAGAAAAUCUAUUGUGUCUGUCACUAACACCACGACAGAGCAAUUAGAGUACUUUUCUAAGAAAAAAGAAAGAAAAUUCGGUACCCUAGAUUUUGAAGAAGUAGAGGCUGCAGAAAAGUACAUUUUAAAACAAGUUCAAAGUCAAUGUUUUUUGGGGAAUGAAAAACUGAACUUACAAACAUUCCUGGAUUCAGAUGGUUUAUUAAGAGUAAAGACCAAAAUUUCUCAAAGAAGUGAUCUACCAACAUUUAGAUUUCCAAUUUUGCUGCCUUCAAAGCAUGAUGUUAUUGGAAAACUUAUUUUUGAAAAGCAUGUUGAACUUAGUCAUGCUGGGAUACAGAUUUUGAUGUCGAGUUUAAGAGAGAAUUAUUGGAUCUUAAAAAGCAGGAAGACAAUACGUCAAGUAAUAAGGAAUUGUGUAAUAUGUCAACGUUUUUCAUCUCGGCCAUUAGAAGUAGCAAGUGCUCCACUACCCGAAGAUCGCGUCAGAGAUGCUUAUGUUUUUGAAGUAGUAGGAGUUGACUUGUGCGGACCACUAUAUUUGAAAAACAAAAGCAAAUGUUGGGCUGUACUUUUUACAUGCGCAGUUUAUCGCGCAGUCCACAUCGAUCUGGUAACUAGUUUAUCAACAGAUAGUUUUAUUCUAGCUUUACGAAGGUUUAUUUCUAGAAGAGGAAGACCAGCUACAAUUUAUUCAGAUAAUGGAACCAACUUAGUGGGUACUUCUAAUGAGCUGAAAUCUGUUGAUUGGGUGAAAAUACAAGAAUAUGCCUCAGUAAAGAAAAUCCUAUGGAAAUUCAACCCCCCAUCAGCCCCAUGGUGGGGCGGAUUUUGGGAAAGGAUUAUAGGUAUGUUGAAAUCUAUCUUAAGAAAAAUUCUUGGAAAGGCCUCCUUACAAUUUGAAGAAUUGUACACUGUACUAUGUGAUGCUGAGGGCAUUAUAAAUUCAAGACCUUUGACAUACUUAAGUGAAGACAAUGAGGACCUUAUAGCAUUAACACCUGCUAUGUUUUUACAAGAUGUAAAAGAAAUAGGAGUUCCAGAUAUAGAUCAAAUAGAUGCUAAGAGAAUGAAUAAAAGAUUCUUCUACAGGCAAAAAGUGUGUCAAGAUCUCAGAAAACGUUUCAGAAUCGAAUAUCUUGGACAUCUUAGAGAAUUUUCAAAGAUUCGUAAUGAAUCUAAAAUUAAAGAAGGAGACAUUGUUCUCAUCGGUGAUAGUAACGUCAAGCGAAUAAAUUGGCCUUUGGGAAGAGUCAUCAAAUUAUAUCUUGGAAAAGACAAGAAAGUUCGUCUCGUGGAAGUCCAGACCAAAUCUGGGUCUUUCCUACGUCCAAUCCAGAGACUUUUUCCUCUUGAGGUCAGCCAAAGUGAAAAAUCUGCUAUCCCGUGUCUCCCAAAGAGUGAUUCUCCAUCCACAAUGAUGAUUCCUGAUGGUACACCUACCUCUAGUGACUCUCAUGCUGUUUCAGAUGUGAGACAACCAAGAAGAUCCCGUUAUGGCCGGCUUUUAAAGCCCAAUGCUCUCCUAGACUCAUUGUCUUCGGGUGGACCAGAGUUCAGUAGUUCUCAGCCAACUUCUGAGCAAUUUCCUGGCAUCCGAAGAAACAAAACGAGAACUCUCAACUCUCGUCCAACUUCCAAAAAAGAAUUGGCAUUUGAAGAAACAUUAGUUAAUUCCACCACAGUUCUUCGGUUGGUCCAGGGUUCAGUAGUUCUCAGCCAACUUCUGAGCAAUUUCCUGGCAUCCGAAGAAACAAAACGAUCUUCGGUUGGUCCAGGGUUCAGUAGUUCUCAGCCAACUACUGAACAUGUUUCUGGAAUCCGAAGAUGA